AUAGAGAUGUAUACUAAUUACUUGUACCCAUAUAUUUUGGUCGAUAAUUUCUACCAACAUUUCUGCUCCAAUGCACUGCAGCGCUGAGCUGCCGAUCGAUCCGAAGAGAGGGCAACUUGCCAAUCUCUAGGCCAGUAGUUUAGGCUGCAUUUGCGAGCGAUAUACCGUACCGUUGGAUUAUCAGCGCGGGAUAUUCAAUUUCAAAGACUGACGAGGUGGCGACAAAAGUUGGUUAGCAGGCUUGAAAGGAUUGGAGAAGACAGCAUUAAGACAAGUGGAAAAGGCUGGAGCAUUUAAAUCUGUACAACUUUUUGACCCCCAAAAAAGUUAGCUAGCCGAGACAGAUGAAAAUUUGUGCAAAACUUAGAAUAUUGCUAAAGAAUUUGAGUCAUGGAUUCUGAUACACAACCAAUGUCAGCAGGGGAAUUGAAAACAAGGCUCUACCAUACAUUCAGAGAAAGGGGUCUAGUUGAAUCACUUAAGUCCCAGCUACGAACCAAGUUAGUGACAGAACUUCGGCAGAGUGCUGGUUUACAGCAUGUCAAGUUUGCAUCAAGCCCAUCAUCAAUGUUAACGGCUUCCCUGGAUGGUUCCUCAUCACUCAUGCUUAGAGCUGCCAACUCCCUGGUCGUCGACCACCUGAGACGAUGUGGCUAUGAUUACUCUGUUGCUGUCUUUAUGCCAGAAAGUGGUGCUACAGAUGACAAGAUGUUCACAUUACCAGAUUUAUUAGAUCUUCUGAGGAUUGCCCCAAGCUCUCGAUUAUAUAAGAAGUUGGCGGCUGAACUACCAAGUAUUGAUCCAAAAGGAUUUCUUUGGCAAUUAUUGACAGAGCUCAGUGCUAGUCAAGCAAGAAAACAGGAGCAUGUGGGCAUACAGGUUGAUACACACCCAAUACACCAGUCUUCCCUAGAGAGAAAAUUACAGAGCGUUGAUGAUGUUUACAAUCAGAGAUCAGAAGAGGAUGAAAUUCUAAACAGACAUGCCAUCCAAGAGAAGCUACUUAAACUCAAACGUGAGAUGGAGAUCAGAUCUAGGGAAGAAAUUCAUCGUGAGAUCUCAAGGUUCAAAGAAAGUGCAUUGAAACGUGUUGAAUUGGAGGAAAGAGAGAAAGCUCGUAAAGAAAUCGCAAGUGCUAGAAGAGAGAUUGAGAAUACCUACCAAGCAAAGUCAGAUGCACUUAGGGAAAGAGAACUAUCUACGAUGGAAAGGAUACAAAAACAUCAAGAGUUAGUUGAGAAGGAAACAUAUGCCCAGAGACAGAGCCUUCUUGAAGAGCUUAGGGCUAUUAAACAACGAGAGGCGGAUCUCAGAAGAGAAGCAGAGAUUAACAGAAGGGCUGCAAAGAUGGAAGAAGACAAGAGGAAAGCCUUGGAAGAAAACUUGAAAAUGAGAGAAGCAUCCGUGUCAAACAUAGAAACAACAUAUGAAAAUAAACUCAAGGAAGAAACAAGAAGGUUUGAAUUGGAUUAUGAGGCUAGACUUGCCAAGAGAUUGAAUGAGCUUGAACAGAGAGAAGCCAAAAUAAGAGCUGAACAGAGAAGUAUGGUUGAUGAAAAGGGAACCCUAAAAUCAGUUCAAGAGCAACUACUUGGAAAGACAAAUCAUAUUCUAGAAUUAGAGAAUCUUCUGAAGGAAGCAAAGGGGGAAGCUGCAUCAGCUGCAAAUAGAAGUGAUGCAUUGAAUGAGAGAAUGAGAACAAUGAUUGAUUAUCCUACGCUGAAGGAGAGCAACACUAUUCUUAAACGAGAUCUUGAACAUGCAAAAAUGCGUAUCGCAGAGCUUGGAAGCGAGUACAAGGGAGAGCAGACAAGGCAUGAAGAAUUGAUCAAGCAGCUAAGUGAGAGGAUGUCUAGACCGUCCCCAGAACUACAGGCCUUGAGGAAUGAACUGCAGCAGACAAGAGAACAGCUCAGUCAUGAAAAGGCAACGAUACAACACAUGGAGGCACAAUGGAAUGCAAGAUUACAAGAAGAGAUGGACGCAAACAAGGACCUACGUCAUAGGCUAUCAGAACAGACCAAUGAGAUGUCUUCUCUCAUGCGUCAGCUAGCUGAUCUCAAAUUGGCACUCCGUCAGACUCAGACGGCUCUUAAUAACAAUAUUUUCCAUGUAGACAGAAGUCUUGGGCCUGCUGUAGACAACACCAAUCAAAACACGACUCUUGGUGAGGACAUCUACAUGGACACCUCCCUUCAUCGUAACACACUGGGUCCUGAGCUUCUAUUGGCUAAUUCAAACAGAUACCAACUGCCAUUGGACGAUUCAAACAGCGGAGAUGAUAGCGGGUCACAGGGUGGAGACUCUAUUGCUUUUAUUGAGCAGACCAAGGCAAGGUUUAGGCAGUUGGAUAGAGAAGCAGAGCAUCUGGAACACAACUACCAGGAUCUCCAGCAUAGGAUGAGUGGUAUAGGAGGAUCUUACCAAAGUCCAGGAGCUCAAUCAUUGUUUUCCAGACCUACAGAUAUGCAAAUGUCAAGAAUUCCUGAUCAAACUUUACAUCAACCACCAGAUGGCAGCAGACAGGAUUAUAGAGAAUCCGCUCACAGCUCUCAUCAUUCCAACCAUCCCAGAACACACUCUGGUCCACACAAGUCUAAAUCUAAAAAGGAUAGAUCGAGCGACGAUAGAACAAGACUUCCAUCUAGCACUGGAAAUACGGAGAUAGGUCAAGCUCUUGGUCGGACUGAUAGAAGGAUGUCUGAGAAGCGGACUCGGUCAUCAUCCUCAUCCUCCUCCUCAUCAUCGAUGUCAUUGAAGUUGAAGACUUCAGAUCUUGGAGGUCCUGAUCUGAAAGAUGAUUCCAUGUGGAUGUCACCAAGGGCUACCACAGGUGCAGUAAAAGAAGGAAACCUGCCCCAUCUCAGUGACCAUUCCAUGCCCCAGGCCUUAAGUGAUGAUGAACAGAAGAGAGAAGAAGAAAGAAAACGAAGGGAAGAGGAAGAAGGAAAGAGGGUUGAAAUGGAGAGAAUUAGAAAGGAAGAGGAGGUGAAGAGACAACAUGAGGAAGAAAAGAUGAGAGAGGAGACCAGGAAAGCUGAGGUUGAUGAAGAUGAGAGGAGGAGAAGGAUUGAGGAAGAAGAAGAGGAGCAGAGAGCCUGGGAAGAAAAGAGAAGAAAGAAGGAUGAGGAGAGGAGACGAAAGGAGCAAGAAGCAAGGGAGAGGGAGCAGAAGAUGCUCAUGGAGCUUCAAAAACAAGAGUCAGCAGGUGCAAGCAAUGGUGUUCCAGAGCCAAAGCAAGAUAAUUCAGCUGGUCUGAAUGACACUUAUGAGUUGGGAGACAGUGGAAAGAAGGAAGAACAAGAAGAGAAGAAAGAGAAAGAGGAGGAGGAUGGUGUAAAGAUUGACCCAGUAAUGCAACGCUACAUGAUGAUGGUGCAACAACGCAAGCAACAGCAGGAUGCAACUCCAGCAACACAGGAGCCAACAGUGAUACCAGAUUCUCCAUCAAUCAGUCAUAAAUCAGAUGGAAGUAUAUCAGGAGAAGAGAUGGAAGGAGAGGUAGAAGACCCAGCAAGUGUUGGCAAAGCUUCUGAUAAUGAUGAUGAUCCUUUUGGAGACUGGUAACUAUCACCUCUUCACUUUACCCAAUGUGACAUCUAGUUAAACAUCCUGUAGAGUUUUUUAUGUUUUGUUAUGUAUUUUAGAACUUUCUUUUUUUAAUUGGAUCAGUAAUUGUGCUGAGAUAAGCGGUAGCUUGAAUCGGUGUUAUAUGGAUAGCCAAAAUUGACACAAAUUGCAAAAGAAUUUUUUUGUGUGUGGCCGUGGACCUUAACCAUUAUGUUUGUUAUCUUCCUUCCAAGAAAUUCAAGAAAUAAUUCCCAGAGGCACCUAUUAAUUAAUUUUUGCAUACAAAGUACAAGAAACUGUCUUUAAACGGUCAUUAAGCACGAUCUCGAGCAAAGUGAGUCUCAUUAAUUUAAUCAACACAUUAGAGUAGAUAGAUUUCUUGCAUUGAGAAAUCCUACACAUGAAGCAAAGAUUGAAUCCCUCUUUGUGACUAUGGAUUUAUAUCUAAAGUGAAAAUCCAUCCUUAUGUCAGGUUUUAAGAGACGCAGAAAAAUUAUAUAAAUGAGCUCCAAUUAGGAAGAGGUAUUUUCUUAUAAAAAAGUAUUAAGGUAUUUUUUAUUACUCAAUGUGUAUGUUUGUAUUUCUUGCCAGUAAAUACAUGCUCCUGUAUGUUACUAAUUCUGUGAGAAAAGAAAACAAUUUUUUUAUCUGACUGACAUUGAGUAAUGACCAACUACAUAAUAGGUGAAUAUCCUGUAUGAUUACAAUUUUUAUGCAUUAUGGUGUUCAUAAAAUCUUUUUGUAAAGUUGCAUACAGAUUUAUGAAUGACAGGAAACAUGCCCUUUGUGGCUAAGUCAGCUACAAAGGGAUCUACCAGUCAUGCGAAAAGUUGUGUGUACAUGUAAUAUAUAAACAGCUUUAUGAAACACCCGCCAGUACACAUUGAUCACAAGAGUUUUAUGCAACAGGCUCUUGAUAUCAGGGCCCGAUCUUACAAAGAGUUGCGAUUGAUCCAAUCAGUCCUAACUCUAUGGAAAUCCAUCAGUGUCAUAAUUUUCUCUACAGGAAAUUUGCACAAUGUCCUUUGUAAACAAAGAGAAGCACAAUUGAUUUUCGAUAAAACAAUGAAUGUAUGAAUAUACAUCAUAGUUAUAAAAUAUUUUGAACAUGCAUAAUACAUGUUGACGUUGCUGGCUGUCCAUAGUUGUGAUUGAUUGGAUCAAUCGCAGCUCUUUGUAAAACAGGACCCAGGGGGGGUGUGUUGCACCCACAAAUGUAAUAACGCCCACAAAUGUAAUAACGCCCACAAAUGUAAUAACACUUUACCCACAAAUGUAAUAACGCCCACAAAUGUAAUAACACUUUACCCACAAAUGUAAUAAUUUCACCCACAAAUGUAAUAAUGCACUUUACCCACAAAUGUAAUAAUUUUUGAUCGCCCACAAAUGUAAUAAUGACUUUACCCACAAAUGUAAUAAAUUUGAAGGGAUUUUUGGCGAAUCCGUUCUAAACUAAAAUCCUAUAGUAAUGCGUUCAUAUACCACAAAAGUGCAAAGUAUUUUCACCAGACGUUAAUUAAACAUCAUAGUCCAAGUCCAAAGUCUUUUUCCAGACCCGGUUGUUUCAAAAUUAUAAUAUACGUCCAAAGUCUUUUUUCCAGACCCGGUUAAUUCAAAAAUUAUAAUACAAGUCCAAAGUCUUUCUUUCAGACCCGGUUGUUUAAAAAAUUAUAAUAUAAGUCCAAAGUCUUUUUUCCAGACCCGGUUGAUUCAAAAAUUAUAAUGCAAGUCCAAAGUCUUUUUUUCAGACCGGGUUGUUUCAAAAAUAAUAAUAUACGUCCAAAGUCUUUUUUCCAGACCCGGUUGAUUUAAAAAUUAUAAUGCAAGUCCAAAGUCUUUUUUCCAGACCCGGUUAAUUCAAAAAUUAUAAUGCAAGUCCAAAGUCUUUUUCCAGACCCGCUUGUUAAAAAAAUUAUAAUAUAAGUCCAGUCUUUUUUCCAGACCCGGUUGUUUAAAAGAUUAUAAUAUAAGUCCAAAGUCUUUUUCCAGACCCGGUUAUUUCACAAAUUAUAAUAUAAGCCCAGUCUUUUUUCCAGACCUGGUUGUUUAAAAAAAUUUGAUAUGAGUCCAGUCUUUUUCCAGACCCGGUUAUUUCAAAAAUUAUAAUAUAAGUCAAAACUAAGAUACGAUAAUGAUAUUUCAGUGGAAAAAAAAAAGAAAAUCGAGCUUAGUCUUUUCUCCA